CGCCGUAUCCAAAUCUGCUUUUGCUUGCUUUUACUGAAAACCGAUUGCCAUGUGCCCAUGGUAUCACCCUCGGCAAAGAUAUCUGCAAGCAGGAGCCGCUCGCCGCCGGUAGCAUAGCCAUUCGAUCUCUUGCCCGAGGUGAAACCCGAUGGAGGGGAGCAGCGGCGGCAAGCACUUCAUCCUCGUCCACGGCCUUUGCCACGGCGCGUGGUGCUGGUACAAGCUCGUGCCGAUGCUCUGCGCCGCGGGGCACCGGGUCACCGCGCUCGACAUGGCCGCGUGCGGCGCGCACCCGGCGCGCAUGGACGAGGUGGCGUCCUUCGAGGACUACUCGCGGCCGCUGCUCGACGCCGUGGCCGCGGCGCCAGCCGGCGAGAGGCUGGUCUUGGUCGGGCACAGCCUCGGCGGGAUCAACAUCGCGCUCGCCAUGGAGAGGUUCCCGCGCAAGGUCGCCGCCGCCGUGUUCCUCGUCGCGUCCAUGCCGUGCGUCGGCAGGCACAUGGGCGUCACCACGGAGGAGAUCAUGAGACAGAUCAAGCCGGAUUUCUUCAUGGACAUGAAGAGGAUGCUUCUGAACACGAGCAAGGGCCCUCGACCUGCACUCGUGUUUGGCCCGAAAUUACUGGCAGCAAAACUGUACGAUCGAAGCUCAGCAGAGGAUCAGACGCUGGCUACGAUGCUGGUGAGACCGGGGUGCCAGUUCUUGGAUGACCCGACGAUGAAGGACGAGGCUCUGCUCACCGACGACAACUACGGGUCGGUGAAGAAGGUAUAUGUGGUGGCCAUGGCCGACGCCUCAAACACCGAGGAGAUGCAGCGCUGGAUGGUCGAUCUGAGCCCUGGCACGGAGGUCGAGGAGAUCGCCGGAGCUGACCACAUGGUCAUGUGUUCGAAACCGAGGGAACUCUGUGGUGUACUGCUUCGGAUAGCUGACAAGUAUGAAUGAAUUGAUUGUCCAUAAAGUUGAGAGACUUGUACAACUGUACAUCUUAGCUAUGAAGAGGCUGGUUGUAAUGCUUAAACCGUUGAAGUAAUAAAAACCCUUUAUAUA